AUGACUACUUCACAUAGACCACAAUUAGAAGCAAGAAGUGGUGCUAAGAGUGCUGCCUAUGUACCUACUAGUAUUCAGCAUGCUAGUUUGUUGCCUGGACAUCUUGAUAUAAAAUAUAGAAAUACAAAGCCUUUCGAUAAGGAAUUGAGAAAGUCAGACACAAAGGAGUCAAGGGAUCAGUUUGAAUUAGAAAAUACUGAAAGAGGUGAUCAGGAGAAGGUCUUAAAAGAAGUAGAUAUCUCUGAGAAUGAGUUGGGUAGUUCUGAAGAUGAUUUAGAUGAUGAAGAAACUUUGGAAAAUGAACUAAGGGCGCUGAAAAAGGACAAGGUAAAAGGAGAUGAUACUUCCGAUACAGCAAAAACAUCAAUAGACUUAAAGGAUAAAAAUAAUGAUAGCGAUACAAAGACACCUAAAAAAUCAUGGAGAAAUUCAACAACUUUCAAUAGAAACAAAGGGAAAGUUAAGAAAUCCCAACACGAUCAAAGCGCUUCUUCUAAAUAUGUAAAUGAUUUAACGAAAUCUGAUUAUCAUCAGGAGUUUUUGAAGAAAUUUAUAAAGUGA